GAAUUUUUAGCUUAUUGUACGUUUGUCGCUUGUUUUGCCAAGUUCGUUAAGAGUUUCCCACGCUUUUGCACGGUACAUUGAAUCGAAGGUAGUUUCCCGCCUGCCAACAUGUUCCGCUUGGUUUUACUAAUUGCUUGUUUGGCUGUGCCUGUCUACAGCUACUCAGCCGGUGCCCCUAAUGCCAUCUGCUCGAACGGUUUGACUCCAGAGCAUGGCGUUGAUGGGCAGAGUAGUCCAGUGCCAUAUAGCUUCUCGGGCGACAGCAAGGCCAAUAAUGGCAAGGUUUCCCUCACUCUGGGCGGUUCAGACGGUUUCUUAGGCUUCGCCGUGCAAGCCCGUGACGCCAAUGAUAAGCCUGUGGGCAAAUUCAAGGUAGCUGAGGCUACCAAGUCUCAAACGUUGACUUGCAUUAAUCCGGAUGAUACACUCACUCACAAGAAGAUCCCACACGAUAAUCCCAUCAAGAGCGUGGCGUUCUCUUGGGAGCCAGCCGGUUACAAGGGAAAAGUGAAAUUCGUUGCUACCGUAGCCAAGGAUGGCGGUACCUAUUGGAUUCGUAAGGUGCUCAAGGAAGUCGAGGUUUAAAUUUAAUGCUACAGAGAGGAAUGAAUGGAUUUUUUUACAAAAAAAAAAGUAAUUAUUUGUUAUACACCUAAAUUCUAGAAUACAUUUUAUAGAAAUUAGAGAAAUAAAAUAAAUUUGAGAAGUAUUUUUUGUGUGAUAGAAGAA